GUCAAAUCCGGGAUUUAGCUAAAUCCGGGAUUUACGUAGCGAACACGUUGAGUUGUUGUGCGUUUUUGUGAGCAAUGAAGCUAACUGCAGAUCUCAUAGCUGACUCGCCGCAGUUUUUCAACGCUAAUAAAGACUGGGAGCUUGAUAUGAGAGCAAACAAAAUCCCUGUUUUAGAGAAUCUGGGAUGUACAUUGGAUCAGUUUGAUGUAAUUGAUUUCUCGGAUAACGAUAUACGUAAAAUAGAGGGAUUUCCUGUCUUGCGAAGACUCAAGACUUUGUUUUUUAAUAACAACAAGAUCAUACGAAUUGGUGAAGGAUUGGAACAGUUGUUGCCUAAUCUGAGAGAAUUGAUGUUGACCAACAAUGCACUUCAGGAACUGAGUGAUCUUGAUCCUCUUGCAACUAUCAAGACACUUACUCACAUCAGUUUGCUCAGAAAUCCAGUCACAGCUAGAAAGCAUUACAGACUCUACAUGAUUCAUAUGCUUCCUAACUUGAAGGUCCUCGACUUCCAGAAAGUCAAGCAAAAGGAAAGAGAAGAAGCCGAGCGUGUGUUUGGUGGAAAACAAGGCAAGCAACUGGCUCAAGAACUGGGACGAGCAUCUAGGACGUUUCUUCCGGGUGGUGGCUCUGCUAUAGCUGCAGGCCGAGGCGGUGAGAGAGCACGACAGGCAUCGAUGGAUGUGCAAGCUAUCCGUGCGGCCAUUGCACAAGCGAAGUCUCUCGAUGAAGUGCGAAGGCUAGAGAUGAUGUUACAGCAAGGUCAAAUCCCUGGGAGGGAAAGAUUCGGUGGCCCAAUGGACGACAUACGUAUGCAUGUCAAUGGGCCGUCAUAGCAGCGACUUUUCGUGAGCGAAUGUUGCCCAAUAUAUGUAGAUGUGAUAAUGAGUAGUUGCCAUAAACAAAGACUAAAACUUUUAGUCUCGUGUAGCCGGACCCUUUCCUGUUGCGUCAUACUUCCGGACU